UCCGCUUAUCUACUUCCGGCCAGCACAGGGGUUUUGUGUAUGUGAGCUGCAGCCGGAUGCGAUGGUGCAUCUUUUCUUUAAUCGCACACAUCCUCGAUGACGUGGACGCACUUGUGUUUAAAAACAUGGCAGCGUCCGGAAGCCAAGCUGAUGUCCAAAUUCAUCUAAAAGAAGAUGGAGACGUGGAGGAGCUGCGAGCUUCCAGAUCAGACAGUGGCAGUGGUGAGGAUUCUCUUGAUGGACUUUUGAGACACUCGUGCCCUUUGACCCCGUCGCUGUCUCCACGAAAGAGAACCACGAGUCAGAGUAAAACAGAGCCGCCUCUACUGAGGACCAAUAAACGGACGAUCUACACAGCAGGACGCCCGCCAUGGUACAAUGUCACAGGGAUCACCUUUAAAGAGGCUUUUGUUAUAGGCUUGUGUGGUGGCAGUGCUUCAGGGAAAACCACAGUGGCCAAUAAGAUCAUCGAGGCCCUGGAUGUCCCUUGGGUCGUCCUGCUGUCCAUGGACUCCUUCUACAAGGUGUUGAGCAAAGAGGAACAGGAGCUCGCAGCCAGGAAUGAAUACAACUUUGAUCAUCCGGAUGCUUUCGACUUUGAGUUGCUUGUAUCAGUCCUGAGAAAACUGAAGAAGGGCAAAAGCAUCAAAGUGCCUGUCUAUGAUUUCACCACACAUUCCCGUCGCAAAGAGUGGAAAAUUGUUUACGGGGCCAAUGUUGUAAUAUUUGAGGGAAUCUUGGCUUUUGCAAAUAAGGAUCUUUUGAAGUUGUUAGACAUGAAAGUGUUUGUGGACACCGACUCGGACAUUCGGCUGGUCAGACGACUGAAGCGGGACAUUACAGAACGUGGCCGUGACAUCAACGGUGUCAUCAAGCAGUACAACAAGUUUGUGAAACCUGCGUUUGAGCAGUACAUCGAACCCACAGUCCAGGUGGCAGAUAUUGUGGUUCCGAGAGGUGGAGAAAACUUCGUAGCCCUGGAGCUGAUCGUGCAGCAUGUCCACAGCCAGCUGGAGAAGCGUGAAAUCACAGUGAGAUCUGCCUUGGCUUCAGCACAUCAGGGUCAGCCGUUACCCAGCACCUUGAGCGUGUUGGAAAGCACACCACAGGUUCGGGGAAUGCACACCAUCAUCAGGAAUAAGGAGACGAACCGCGACGAGUUUAUUUUCUACUCUAAGAGGCUGAUGAGGCUCCUGAUUGAGCACGCUCUCUCCUUCUUACCGCUGAAGUCAGUGUCUGUUGAAACACCACAAGGGACCAUCUAUGAGGGGAAACGUCUCGGCGGGAAAAGGAUCACUGGAGUGUCCAUUCUCCGUGCAGGCGAGACUAUGGAGCAGGCCCUGAUGGCGGUGUGUAAAGACAUUCGACUAGGAAAAAUCCUCAUCCAGACGAACCAUGACACCGGGGAGCCCGAGCUCCACUACCUGCGCUUGCCGAAGGACAUCAGUGAGGACUAUGUGAUUCUCAUGGACAGCACCGUGUCCACAGGGGCAGCUGCUCUCAUGGCCAUUCGAGUUUUACUUGACCAUGAUGUUGAGGAGGAUAAAAUCUUUCUUCUGUCUCUGCUGAUGGCCGAGAUGGGGGUUCACUCCGUCGCUUACGCCUUUCCCAAAGUACGCAUCAUCACCACAGCUGUGGACAAGAAGGUCAACGACAAGUUCCACAUCAUCCCAGGCAUCGGAAACUUUGGGGACCGUUAUUUUGGAACAGACGCACCAUCAGACUGUUAUGAAAGUGAAGAAGGGAUGGAACUCUGAGUCUUCGGUUUUUUUUGUUUGUUUUUCAUUUUCUUUUUGAAAGGAGAACUCUCCUUCAUUUUUUUUUUCUUGAGCAAUUUUACGUUUUUAAUAUAUUCAGAGUUUGAACAAGUUUUUGAGCACUGACUUAAUUGUGUUUUUAGGGAAUAUAUAUGUUUUUUUUGUUGUUUUUUGUGUGUUUGUUUUGUCAUUGUUGCUUGAAUUUUAAAAGAAAAUAUAUUGUAAAAUGCGAUUUAAAAUUGUAUUUUUUUAAUUUAAUUUAAUUUUUUUUACCCAAAAACAUUCUAGGUCUUAGGAGCUUUGGUAAAAAAGUAAAAUAUGUUCAAGCAAAAAUUCUUGGAUUAUUAUUUAAAAGUACGAUAAAAUUAACAUAUUUAAUAUUCGUUUGCCGUCAAAUCCGAACGGCCGCACUGUGAAAAAUAUUGUUUAUAAAACUUUGGAUUGGUUGUCAGAGUAAGAUGCAGAUUUAUUCUGUUUGUUGGGUAGAAAAAGUUUACACACCCCUGUUUAAAAGAAAUUGAGGUGUAUCUUAUGAGCUGUUUUUUCCACCUUUAGUCCUAUUAUAGCAACAAAGAACAGAAAUUUUAAAGGAAAAACAAACAAAACUUUAAAAUAAAAUGGUUGCAUAAGUAUGUACACCCGUAGUUUUACUGUAAUACAGAGUAAGCAUUUAUUUAAUCAGAUUGCCAGUGGAUUUUCCGUCACACUCGUCUUCACAUCAUUUCACAGGUUUUCAAUAGGAUUAAGAUCUGGGUUUUGAAUCAAAUUGUGUAUUGAUUACUUUUUUUCAUGAGAAGUGUUAGUUUUGUUCUGAGGACAGGCACAUGCCCUGUUACAAAAGGGUGUGUAAACUUAUCCAAACAGGUUAUCAGUUGUUGUUUUUUUUUUAUCUUUUCUGUUCAGUGUGUGUAACAUGGGUGUGUAAAUGUUUUGUACCCUUUGUAUGUUUAAUCUCAUUUUUAGACACUGAUUUAAAAAGCUUUGUGUAAAAUCAUUUUAAUUACAAAUUAGCGCUUCUGAGUGUAAAUGUAUGAACUUGAUUUGUAUCCAGAAAUAAGUGAGACAAACAAUUCAUCACAAAUGUCAUAAAUAAAUGAUUUAUGCAAAGUGA